UCUUUGCUGGUCUACGGCAACAAGACGGCCCCAAUCUCCUCGGUCAAGUUCUUCGCCAUCUCCCUCUGCUUCAUCCUCGCCUUCCUCUGCAACGUUCAGUCCAUCCGCUACUACGCCCAUGUCAGCUUCCUUCUCGUCGUGCCGGCCGCCGCGGCUGCAUCGAGGGACGGCGGCAUCUCGGUUGCCUACGUCUCCAGGAGUCUCAACAAGGGGAGCUUCUUCUGGUCCCUGGGUCUGAGGGCGUUCUACGUGUCGUUCACUCUGUUCCUUUGGAUUUUUGGGCCGGUUCCGAUGUUGGCCGGUUCCGUGGUGAUGUGUUGCUUGUUAUAUUUCUUGGACACCACGACGGAGUACACGCGAGACCUGCAUGAUUCUUUUGGGGGACAUGAGGAGGCCAGGGAUCAGGACGCAUGAUUACUUGCCACUAAUAUUGGUUGCUUACACCUGCGUGAAGGCUAGCUAGUUAAACUCAGUGAUCAUUGAGUUCUUUAAUUAUCUCUACACUAAAAUUUGCCACAUGAGAUAAUUGCAUGAAGGAUUGACAUAUUUUGCUAGAUGUAUGUUCUAGCUGCGCCUUGGGCGUAUGUAAUUAGGUCUUCUUGUCUCUAAGGUUAUUGGAGUUUUGAAUGCUCAUAUAUGUAGUUGUAUAUCAUAUAAUCGCCCGUAGAGG